AUGUCGUCAGUAAAGCCUAACCCUACCAUGCAGGCCGCUGCGGCCAGUUUCUCCUCUGUCAUACAGAAACGCGAAGAUGCUUUCUACGAGCCAAGGAAGCAGCCUUACUAUUGCGUCUCGCCUGACGGCAAUUGGACACCAGCAACAUCCGACCAAGCGUUCCCAAAAGACGAAUCAGAGGCACUUCUGCAUCCCAGGAAGCUUCGUUUGAUCUCCUGGAAUAUCGAUGUCCUCGUUCCAUUCGCAGAAGAAAGAAUGAGCGCUGCACUAGAUCAUUUGCACGACUUAGUAUCAUCCACCCCGCCAGAUAUCGCAAUCGUCAUAUUUCUACAAGAGAUGGGAGUCUCAGACAUGGAGCAGAUACGAGACUCAGCCUGGGUCAAGCAACGCUUCAACCUCACAGACAUCGACUCGCAAAACUGGCUGAGCUCUCACUAUGGUACGAUCACACUCGUCGAUCGGCGAAUGCACAUAGACUCCGUUUUCCGCGUGCCGUGGUACAGCAAGUUCGGACGAGACGGCCUGUUUGUGGACAUCAAGCUCUACAACUGCAUUCGUCCAGAUCUUCCGGUGAAAAUGCUACGGCUAUGUAACACACAUCUGGAGUCUCUCGUUGCUGAUCCGCCUGUCCGCCCCAUUCAGAUGGCAGCCGCAAAGCAGUAUCUCAGCCACCCGGAUGUCGAAAGCGCAAUACUAGCUGGCGACCUCAAUGCUAUCGAGCCCUUUGAUCGCUUUCUACACACAGGUAAUGCGCUCGAGGAUAUGUACCUCUCUAUUGGCGGCCACGCCAAUGCACCAAGUGACGCUACCGUCUUCGGUAACUUCAACAACAAUGUACCUACUAUUCGCAAUGGGCCCGGCGAAGAAGACAGCGACCACGGGUAUACCUGGGGCUAUCAGUCUCCACAAGCCACGAGCGAUAGAUUUGGCUGUAGCAGGAUGGACAAGAUCUUAUUCCAAGGGUGGCUAGGUCCUUGCAAGUUCCAGAGGAUUGGCGUGGGCGUCAAAGUCGCGGAGGAGCAUAGACAGAUGAUGAAGAAGGCGGGCGAGCUAGAUUGGGUCUCGGAUCAUUAUGGCGUCAUGGGCGAUUUUCUGCUCACUUAUCGUGGACAGUUGAGGAAGUAUGAACUAUGA